AUGGGCUGGAAGCCUGAGAAGGGUGUCCAGUACCUCAUCGAACGUGGCUUUGUGCCUGACACGCCAGUGGGGGUGGCCCACUUCCUGCUGCAGCGCAAGGGCCUCAGCAGGCAGAUGAUCGGCGAGUUCCUGGGCAACCGACAGAAACAGUUCAACAGAGAUGUGCUGGACUGCGUGGUAGACAAGAUGGAUUUCUCUGCCAUGGAGCUGGACAAAGCUCUCCGGAAGUUCCAGGCACACAUCCGGGUCCAAGGGGAGGCUCAGAAGGUGGAGCGGCUCAUCGAGGCGUUCAGCCAGUGGUACUGCAUCUGCAACCCUGGGGUGGUUCGGCAGUUCCGGAACCCAGAUACCAUUUUCAUCCUGGCCUUUGCCAUCAUCCUGCUCAGCACAGACAUGUACAGCCCCAACGUCAAACCUGAGAAGAUGAAGCUGGAGGACUUCGUCAAGAACCUGCGAGGUGUGGACGAUGGUGAGGACAUUCCCCGGGAGAUGCUAAUUGGGAUCUAGGAUCACAUUCGCAAGCGGGAACUGAAAACCAACGAAGACCACGUGUCCCAGGUGCAGAAGGUGGAAAAGCUCAUUGUGGGGAAAAAGCCGAUUGGAUCCCUGCAUCACGGGCUUGGCUGUGUGCUCUCUCUGCCCCACCAGCGGCUGGUCUGCUACUGCCGGCUCUUCCAGGUUCCAGACCCAAACAAGCCCCAGAAGCUCGGGCUGCACCAGUGAGAAAUCUUCCUGUUUAAUGACCUCCUGGUGGUGACCAAGAUCUUCCAGAAAAAGAAGAACUCGGUGAUGUACAGCUUCCGACAGUCCUUCUCCCUGUACGACAUGCAGGUUCAGCUCUUCGAGGACCAGUACUACCCCAAUGGCAUCCGGCUCACAUCUGCUGUCCCCGGAGCAGACAUCAAAGUGUUAAUAAACUUUAACGCUCCCAAUCCUCAAGACCGGAAGAAGUUCACCGACUACCUGCGGGAGUCCAUCAUGGAAGUGCAGGAGAUGGAGAAGCACAGGAUACAGUUGGAGCUCGAGAAGCAGAAAGGCGUCGUGUGGCCCAGCAUGUCCCAGUGCUCCAGCCUCAAAGCGGAGUCCGAAGGGACGCUGAGCCGAGCCUGCCUGGAUGACAGCCACGCCAGCGGUGAGGGCCUCAAGCGCAGCGCCCUCAGCAGCUCCUUGCGGGACUGUUCCUACGUGGAAGGCAGCAUGGCCAAGCUUCCCAGCCCCAGAGAUGGACAGGCAGACCUGGGUGGACACCUGUACUGCAUUGCUGCGGGGCUUGACCAAGAACAAAUGUGUUCGGCUCGUGGCCAGGGCUGCACAGGUGGAAGCCUCCAGAACAUCAAUGGUGACCCAGGGCCAGGCAGGCGGCGGCCCGGCCUUGUGUCCGUGUCUAACCUCUGGUAUUGCAUGUUCUGGGCAAGGAGGCGAGGGCGUCGCAGCAGUGCGGGAUCACUCGAGAGCAAUGUGGAAGGGUCCAUCAUUAGCAGUCCUCACAUGCGCCGGAGAGCUACAUCAACACGAGAGUGUCCAUCUCGCCCACACCAGACUAUGCCUAACUCAUCCUCCCUCCUGGGCUCCUUAUUUGGGAGUAAGAAAGGGAAGCCCCCUCCCCAGGCCCACCCGCCCUCAGGCCCUCCCCAGCCACCCCCCCACCCACUGGGCCUGCCCCACGCGCAGCACUCUGGGGCCAGCCACCACCAGGGGCCUGCUGAAGGCCUGCCGCAGGCCCAGGUGCACGGGCACCAUGCCCAGUACUGCCACGUGCAGCAGAAUCUGCCCCCCUACCACCACCACCACCACUACCACCCCCAGCACAUCCAGCACGCACACCAGCACCACCAAGGCCCCCACGGGGGGCACCCACCCUACGUGGCCCACGUGCACAGCCAACCCACCACUCCUCGACCCAUGACGGCCACCCAGGGCCACACGGGCCACGGCCAUGCAGCGCACCACCACGGGCAGCCCCCCGCCCCGCCGCCCCCCACCAGCAGCAAGGCCAAACCCAGCGGCAUCAGCACAAUUGUGUAGACAGCCUGGGCAGGGUCCCAGACUGCCCCGGAACACCUGCACACCACACAGAGCCAUGCCCGAGGGCAGCUGGCCUCAGACCAGACCCAGGGCACCUCUGUUUCCACCUCUCCCCUCUGCUCCCUGCGGCCUGG